AUGACCAUCAAGCGCACAAUCCUCAUCACCGGCUGCUCCGCCGACGGCAUCGGCGCCGUCCUCGCCUUGACCCUCGCCAGACAAGGCCACUACGUCUUUGCAACCGCUCGAAAUACCUCCAAAAUUCCUUUGGAGCUCAAAAACCUCCCGAAUGUGUCCAUUAUAGCCCUCGAAGUUUCCUCCACAGAGUCGGUUACAGAGGCCGCAAAGACAGUCGAGGCAUCUGGCCACGGCCUAGAUGUGCUGGUCAACAAUGCUGGCUUUGGGUACACAAUGCCGCUUUUGGACGUGGACAUUCACAGGGCGCAGGACCUGUACAAUGCCAAUGUCUGGGGCGUGUUGAGGACUGUGCAGGCAUUUGCUGGGCAGUUGAUCAAGAGUAAGGGGAGAAUUGUUAACAUGAGCUCCGUGGGGGCAGUUGUCAACACUCCCUGGAUCGGGACUUAUGCCUCUUCCAAGGCUGCCGUCAACAGCAUCUCGGAGACGCUUCGCCUGGAACUGUCGCCGUUUGGCGUGAGUGUUGUGACCGUCAUGCUGGGCACCGUCGCCACGCCUUUCCACGCUAAUGAACCCGUUCCUGAGCUUCCCGCAGGGUCUUACUAUGCGUCAAUCUCGGAAACCAUUGCCAAAUGGGCCAAGGGCGAGGCUGGUCCCAAAGGAGGGUCUACUCAAGAUCUUGUCAACUCUCUGGUGCCGGAUAUCGUGGCGAGUGGCAGAAACGGUGUAGUAUGGAGAGGGGUGAACAGUGGCAUUGUCAGGUUUGUGUCGCGGUGGGCGCCGGGCUUUAUACUUGUGAGUUACACUUGGUCACUGCCCAGAUAUUUGAAGCUUUCUGACGCAGUCGAUUUAUGA